AUGUUCCCUGUGUGUUCCAGCCUCCACGUGUCCCUCAGCUCUCAGGGUCAGACCAUGCUGUCGGCUCUGCUCUUCAGCACGCUGCUCUGGCUCAGCCUCAUCCUGGCUCUCAGGUUCUGUCUCAAGCUGCUGCUCUCAUACCAUCAGUGGAUGUUCGAGCAGCACGGACGAGUCUCCAACACCACCAAGAUCUGGGUGACUCUCCUCAGGCUGUUAUCCAGCAGGAAGCCUCUGCUCUACAGCUAUCAGACGUCUCUACCUCACCUUCCAGUUCCUGUGAUCAAAGAGACUGUCAACAGG